GUGCUUUCGAUUCAGUGACAAAUGUAAUUCGUUGAAUUAUACUAUUCAGUUUUUGUCAGUCGAGCGUUUUUCUCAUUGAAAAUGGAAACAAAAGAUACCAUAGUGUUAAUUAGUAUUGCAACAGUGCUUUAUUUAUUUUUCUACUUGAAAAAAUGUUACGAAUUUUUCGACCGUUACAACAUUCCUUACACGAAACCGAAUUGGAUAUUUGGAAACAUGACAGGAGCUGUGUUCAUGAAGAAACGAGUAUUUAUGGCUUAUGCUGAUUUAUAUAGACAAUUAGAUGGGUACAAAUUUGCCGGAUUUUUUACCAUGCAGAAGCCUUCUGUUCUGAUUCGAGAUCCGGAAUUGAUUAAGGAUGUGUUGAUUAAGGAAUUUGGGAGCUUUCAAGAUCGUGGUAUUACAGUAAACGAAGAGGUUGAACCGAUUACUAAUCAUUUGUUUAGUAUACGAGGCGAAGAAUGGAAAACUUUGAGAACAAAGCUCUCCGGUGCUUUUUCUUCAGGAAAAAUCAAAACAAUGUUCCCUCGAAUGAAAAAAUUGGGUGAAAAACUGCAAACUGUUCUACUUGAUGUAGCUAAUGGACGCGAUUUCGAUGCAGAAGAUCUAUGUGAAAGAUUUACCACUGAUGUCAUAGGCAGUUGUAUAUUCGGAAUAGAUAUAAAUUCCUUGGAUCAUCCCGAAUCGGAAUUUAGACUCAUAGGAAAACGUGUAGCAUCAUUUAGAUGGCAAAGAGCAAUACGUAGUUUAUGGCCUGGGAUUCCAAACAGACUAAUAAAAUUAUUUAAAAUUACACUAUUUGAAGAACAAUGUCAAACAUUUUUCACAAAAAUGGUCGAAGAUACCACGAAAUAUCUACAGCAGAACGGCGUUUCUCGUAGUGAUUUUUUUGAUUUAUUAAUGUCGCUGAAAAAUACCUCUUCCUCCUCUUCUUCCGUGAAUGAAAAAUCUCAGAAAAAACUUGACAUAACGAUCGAUAUGAUGGCAGCCCAGUACUUCUUUUUUUUCACUACCGGAUCCAGAUCACCAGCUACAGCCAUUUCUUGUGCACUGUUUGAACUAGCUCGUCACGAAAAUACUCAAAACAAAAUGAGAGAAGAAAUCAGAACAGUUUUGAAAGAAAAUGAUGAUCAGCUCACUUACGAUGUGCUGAAUAAAAUGACUUACGUGGAUAUGGUUAUAGCAGAAACAUUCAGGAAAUACCCAACGAUGGGAAUGUUGCUUCGUCGCUGCAAACAAAAUUACAGAGUUCCAGACACCGACGCAAUAAUAUCAAAUAAUACACCCGCGAUUAUUUCCAUCGUUGGUUUACAUAACGAUGAAAAGUAUUUCGAAAAACCUAAUGAUUUUUAUCCAGAACAUUUCACCGAAGUAGCGAAAUCCAAAAGACCUCAACAUGCUUAUCUACCUUUUGGAGAAGGACCUAGAGCUUGCAUAGCGAAACAUUUCGCCAAACUGGAAGUGAAAAUUGGAUUGAUUUUUAUGGUGCGGAAUUAUUCGUAUAAAGUUUCGCUCAAGCAAAAGCUUCCAUUCAAAUUGCAGUCUAAUUUUGGGUUCGCUGUCGAGAAUGGUGUUUGGUUGAAAUGUGAAAAGGUGCCAGUCAUAAAAAACAAGAAUACGAGUAUGGUUUGAAUUUUUAUUUAUAAAAUCAAAUAAAAAUCGAUCACAAAAAGGUAUCCGUCAAUAAGAAUAAAUAUUCUCAAGUACUCGCAUAAUAAAUAAUAAAUUAAAAAAAGUCAUCAAGUACCAACUUACCUAAGUUACAAAUUUAAAAAAUUGAAUUAAAAUAAAAUGGUAGACAAACGUAACACUGACACUGACUAUGGUGAGUACUUGUACAUACUCAGAUGUAAGAAAGAAUGCUUUAAAAUAAAAAUAAAAAAUAACUAAUAACUUUGAACACAAUAAAAUACCUACAUAUGAAUAAUACUCAUUAUCCUGAUUAAUAUUACCUACUCGAUAAAACAAUUUGCUAAUCGAAGCACCUAAAAAUGCACACACAUUGCUCAGUCAUUAUGUCAUUAAUCUCAGAUAAAUUGAGGUAGCUUCGGAAACGAUGAAUUUCAAUUCAUACGGAAAGUGCACUUCUUCAGUAUCAAAUUUCUGAAUUUUUUGAGGUAUUGCGGACUUCUGAUGGU